GAACAUAGCAUUAUUAUUAUAGCAGUUUUACUAUGUACAUUCUGAACCUUUAGAAGAAACUUUUCUGUUUCUUUAUUUCAUCGGAGUUUUAGUUAAGGUUAAAUAGCACAGUGUGCUCGUUACAAUUGGAUUGUAAUUUAAAUAUUUUUAGCGUUUUUAAUGAAUUUUAUAUUUGCCCGAAAAUUGUUUACUUAUUUUACAUGUCAUGCUAGAUAGACCAGGGAAAGAAAACACCAACUCUUACUGACGUCUCGAGCUUUUCUGGCACUAUGGCAAACCAAACCAAUACGAAAGUUAAUUACACUUUUCAAGGUUUCAAAUGGUCCAGAAACACAACAUUGUUGCUAAUAUCGUUAAUAGGAAAAAAUUACAAUCAAUUGCAAAGUGGAGUGAAAAAGUUCACGUUUCAACAAAUCGCACAGGAAAUUAACGAACAACUUGGAACCAACCUGGCAUUUGAUCAAGUCGAAUCGAAAUGGAAAGGACUAAGGCGAACAUAUAAAAAAGUUAAAGAGUCAAACACACAAUUGAGCUGGGAAUUUUACAAUGUUGUGGAUGAAAUUCUUCAAGAUGAUAUAGAGAUAAAUCCACUAGUCACUGCAACGUCUGAAGAAGCCUUUGUUACUGGUUGCGAGACAGAGUUUGAUUUCAUUGAAUACAGUGUGGAGCCAGAAAGAUCAUUAUUUCAGCAAAGCCGUGAAAGAGGUCCGAGUAAUGACGAAGACCGAUAUAGUAGGGAAAUGCGAGUGGGGAGUGGCGACGAAGACUAUCCUGGCAGAUGCAGUCGGAGGCACCGCAUUAGUUAUGAAGACCGAAGUGGUAGGAUAGGUCGAAUGCAUCGAAGUAGUGAUGAAGAUCGGAGAUAUAGACAAAUUCGAAAACGGGGAUAUAGUGAUGAUGGCCAAAGUGGCUACGAAACUCGAAGACUCCAAGGAAAUCGGAACAGAAUCGAAAACGCUGAAGCUGCCAGAGAAAGGAGGCAUCAAGAAAAGAUGAAAUUGGCCAGAAAGUUUUUAGCCCUUUUCGAGAAGAUGGUUGAAAAAAUGUAAAAACAAAGGUACAACAAAAAGAAAUAAAUAAAAAAAAGGUUAACUUCA